AUGGCAGAGGUUUUGAGCAAAACCAGUCUCUUCUCGUCUUGGCAUCAUCACAAUCGUCAGAAUCAAAGCAUCUCUGUUUUCCCAAAGAGUUGUAAUUACAAUAAAUCUGGGUCCUUUUGUUGCUCUCUGAAACUGAACCCAGAGAUUUCAUCACUUUCAUUAUCGACAAAGAGUGAUUUUCAUGGCAAAGGGGUUGCUUUUCAAGAGCAUAGAGCCAUGCCCAGCAGAGGGAAUUUCCAAUCCCAGGCUGCUUCUGUCGUUAAUUCCCUGCAGACGGGUCUUCGGUUUGGGAAAGCUCUUAAAUGGUGGGAAAAGGGAAAUCAACCCAACAUGAAAGAGGUAACAUCUGCACAGGACCUCGUGGAUUCACUAUCAAACGCUGGAGAUAAGCUUGUGGUUGUUGAUUUCUUCUCUCCUGGUUGUGGUGGCUGCAAAGCUCUUCAUCCAAAGAUAUGUCAACUGGCAGAGAUGAACCCAGAUGUCCAAUUCCUUCAGGUGAACUAUGAGGAACACAAAUCCAUGUGUUAUAGCCUUAAUGUUCAUGUGCUGCCCUUCUUCCGCUUCUACAGAGGUGCUCAUGGUCGUCUAUGCAGCUUUAGCUGUACAAAUGCCACGAUCAAGAAAUUUAGAGAUGCCUUAGCCAAGCACAAGCCAGACCGCUGCAGCCUUGGGCCAACAAAAGGGUUGGAGGAAAAAGAGCUCCUGGCUCUUGCUGCUAAUAAAGAUUUCUCAUUUAACUACACACCUAAACCAGUUGAAGCUGUGCCUACGCCUGCAAAGGAAGUGAUUGUAUCUGAAGCGGCACCAUCUCGUCUUAACUCGGAAGCUCUUCCUCUUCCAUCAAUGACAGCCUCAAAGUCUGCUCAAGUGGUCACUGCUUGGAGAUAA